AUGACCGAUACCAACGCGCAGCAGCCAGGCAUGAUCGCCAGCCACGCCCAGUAUGCCAAGGGAGUCGCCGAGUCGACAAUUGGAAACGUCACGGGCUCCGAGGCUUGGAAGAAGUCGGGUGAGCAGGACCAGGCCGCGGGCGUCGACGCAAUGAAGCAGGCAGGCGAGAACCGCGACUCGACGCAGGGCUACGGCAAGGUCGAGGAGAUGGCGGGCAAGGCCGUCGGAUGCCAGGGGAUGGAGAAGGAGGGUGCCAACAGUCGAAAAUAA